CCUCGCGCCAGGGCUGGUGGCUUCCUGCUGUGGCCAUGCUGGGGCUACGGGCGCUCGGGGGGCGGCUGGUGGCGGCGGCGCGCGGCCCUGGGGCCCGGCGCCAGGUAUUUGCAUCUCUUGCUACAGGGCCUAGGCAAAAUAAUGCCACGUUCUAUGAAAUACGUACCUAUGAUGUUAAGCCGGGAAAGAUGAAAGAGUUUGUGGAAAUGGUCGGUAAAUACAUCCACCUUCGCGCAGCUCAUUCGGAGCUGACAGGAUUCUGGACUGUGGAGUUUGGGGCAAUGAAUAAAGCCAUCCAUAUUUGGAAGUUUGAUAAUUUUGCUCACAGAGCAGCUGUUCGGAAAGCCAUAGCUAAUGAUAAAGAAUGGCAAGAAAAAUUCAUCUCUCCUGUUCUGCCCUUCUUGGAAAAACAAUACAAUGAAAUUGUCUACUUAGUUCCCUGGUGUGAGCUUGGGAAGCCUCCACAAGAAGGGGGGGUAUACGAGAUGGUUACAUUUCAGAUGAAACCUGGUGGACCAGCUGUGUGGGGCCAGGCAUUUAGAGCCGCUAUCAGUGCUCACAUCAGUACAGGCUACACUAAGCUGAUUGGUGUUUUCCACACAGAAUAUGGGCUACUGAAUACAGUUCACGUUAUGUGGUGGAAUGAGAAUCCAGACAGCCGGGCAGCAGGAAGGCAUUAUGCGCAUGAGGAUGCCAGAGUGGUAGCAGCUGUGCGGGAGAGUGUCAGAUUCCUGGAGUCCCAGAGAAGUAUGCUCCUGAUUCCUUUGCCAUGUUCACCAUUAAAAUAGCUUUUACCAACAGCUAUAAUGACAGAGAAAUCCUGCAGAACAAAAUGCUGUGCAUCACGAGCAGGUCCAAGGAGAUGAUCCUCCCCCUCUAUGCAACACUGGUCAGGCUGCAGUUGGAGUACUGCAUCCAGUUCUGGGCGCCGCACUUCAGGAGGGAUGUGGACAGCAUCGAGAGGAUCCAGAGGAGGGCCACCUGCAUGAUCAGGGGACAGCAAGGGAGGCCCUACAAGUGGAGACUACGGGACCUGAACCUGUUCAGCCUCCACAAGAGAAGGCUGAGAGGGGAUCUGGUGGCCGUCUACAAACUUGCAAAGGGGACCAGCAGGCAAUAGUAGAGUCCCUGUUCCCCCCGAGCACUAGUGGGAGUAACAAGGAAUAACGGCCGUAAGUUGAAUGAGAGUAGAUUCAGGUUAGAUAUCAGGAGGAGCUACUUCACAAUCAGGGUGGCUAGGAUCUGGAACCAACUUCCAAGGGAAGUGGUGCUUGCUCCUACCCUGGAGCUAGAGGAGAGCUAGCAAAAGGAGGCUAGAUUAUCACCUAGCUGUCCUUUCCUGCCGUGACAGGGAGUCGGACUUGAUGAUCUGCUCAGGUCUCUUCCGACCCUACCAACUAUGAAACUAUCCCUGCUGCCCUCCCUCGGGGGCCUCCACAGCCUAGCCGGCAGGACCCAGUGAUGCUGCAAGCCCUGCAUUGCCAUGGUCUCUUGCCUAGCAGUACCGUUGGUUCCUAUAUGGACAAGCAGGAAAGUGUAUUGGUCUGAGGCAUACUGGAGGAAAUUUGGAGCUAGCUCCAGUAGUCAGGCAAAAGUCACUGAAGCUCCUCCAACCUGCACCCUGCCUUUCUGGCCACCAAAAAACACCCAUGCAUUUCAAACCCAAGGAAGCCACCAUUCUAUGAUUCUUCGGUGGAAGUGAGACUUAAACUUGCCUCUUCUCCCGCCCAGACCUGUAGGCAAUCACUAGCCUACAAAGAGCUGAAGCCCUUAAGGUUAAAGGUGUGGCCCCUUGGUUUUAAUUCUAAGAAGGAGUAAAGAAAAAAGAAAGCAGGGAGCCAGGAGGCUGGGGGCAGGGUGUGGGGCUUGGCUGCACUUGGUCCUGAGGUGUGAGAUGCAGAGGCAGGUCUCAAGCCCAGGGUGUUGGCAGGGCAGCCCUCUGCCUGCUAAACUAUUGCCCAGGGGCUAGUGACCUGCCUCUGCCUCUGCCCCAUGGCGGGCUAGAUGCGUUCCAGGGAAGUAAGUCAGGACACAAGUUCUGCUUGAUGCUACAACUUGGCUCACCUUGACUGCUGCUUUGGGCUGCAGCCCUUGUGCCUACCUGGCAGGAUUCACAACUGUCUGUAAUAUUAAAGGAGACUCCGUGGAAAACAAGCCUAAAAAUGCUUGCCUGUAAAAUCUGUAAAAAAACAAAACAAAAAAACUAAAGAAUUAAAAAAAAAAUGGAGCCCGGUCUUAAGCAGCCCUGAGCUUCAUUGAAGCUCAUUUGAAUGAGACUAGAGAUAAGUCUUGAUGCACAGAGCAGAGCAGCACCAUCUCAUGUCUGAGUGGGAGCACAGCACCCUGCACAGAGCUCAGUCAGGCCUUUGUGGUAAAGGCCCCUUCCCACCCUGGCUCCCAGAUGCAUGUGGCUCUUGAUACAUCCAGUCCUUGCUUAUAACACUGCUGUCCUUGCAAGUAGGCUGCCAGUAGUCCUUUGGGGGUCUGUGCUGGGAUAAGGGGAGUGGGCUGGUGGGGCUAAGGCUGAGGAAUGGACUGGAGAAGUGAAGGCAACAACAUGCAGGGUACAGUUUGGGGUACCAGGGCAUUGCAGUGAAUAGCCCCCCCCCCCCACCCCCCAAGAAGGACAGUAUGGCAUGGGGUAUCAUCAGGGGUACCAGGCUUUGGCAGUGAUUAUGGGAUGGCUGGGGGGCAGCAUAAUGUAAAAUGAUUGCUGCAGUCAAGCAGAGUUGCCAAGUCAAAAAAACAUAUUUACUUCAAUUAUGGAAGUAGGGCUGGAAGAGACCUCAUGAGGUCAUCUAGUUAGUCCAUCCCCCUACUCAAGGAAGGAUCAUCCCUGACUCAACCAUCCCAGCCAAAUGUCUGUCUCGCCUGCUCUUGAACACUUCCAAGGAUCGAGUUUCCAUAAUUUCUGUAUGUAGUCUGUUCCAGUGCUUGACCACCCUCAUAGUCAAAAAGUUCCUCCUAUUCUCCAAACUAAAUUUCUCCUGUUGAAGCUUGAGGGUAUUGCUCCUAGUCCUGUCCCCUACAGUCAUAGAGAAAAGCCCACCUCCUUUCUCUCUAUAAUUUCCCUUCAGGUAUUUGAGGGCUGUUAUUGAGUACCCCCACCUCAGUCUUCACUUCUCCAGACUAAUUAACCUUCAUUUUUUUCAGCCUUUCCCCACUAACUCAUACCUCCCAGAACCCUAAUCAUCUUUGUUACUCUGCACUGGCCUCUUUCCAAACUGUCCACAUCCUUGUUGAAGCAGGAGGCCCAAAAUGGAUAUAGCACUCCAAAGUGCAGUGGAUAUAGUAAUCUGCAAACUUUUUACUGACAAGCACGCUAUUUUUUCACUACGGUUGGUGUUAAACUCUUAAAUUAGAAUGCAGUCCUUGUCCAGGGCCUGACAGAAGAACUUUAUUUACAUUAUAUAAAACGUCUCAGUAAAAAAGUUUGAUUGUCAGUAAAAAGUUUGCAGACCAUCGGUAAAAAAUGGUCUUGGGUUGGCAAUCUCACUAUCUGGCUGCUGUCCUGCUUUUGAUCUUCCAUUUUCCUUUGCCUUCAGGAGCAGAUAGAGAAGCUCACUGUUCCCUACGCCUCUACUCGUGUUUCAGUUUAAAAUGGUAUUAACUAAGCUCUAGAUUAACUGAAUGUUGGCUUGACCCUAUUCAUUAGGGCUGUGCAAGGCUUUAGACUGUGCUUCAGAUCUGGAGAAGCUUUGGAUGCUUUGAUGUCCAAAGCAGCGUGUCCAGAACAAAGCACUGGCUUUGUUAGGCUUUCCAAAGUGGCUUGGAAAAGCUUUGGAGCCACCUCAGAGAUCUGACCAUAGGGUAUAAUGUGGAAUCAAUGAAAUAUCUAUAACUUUGUUGUUUUCUGUCUGGUUUUGAUGAAACUGGCAGGGGUGAUGGCCCCUGCUAAGGCCACAAAUCCUGCCAAAUUUCAAGAAGAUAGGUGCAGGGAUUCGGGGGAAACUGCACCCCAAACUCCUGAAAGCAAAACUCAUGUCAUGUAUAUGUGUUACAGCACAGGGGGCUGAAAACUGCAGGGGUAGUAGCCCCUGGUGAGGCCACAAAGUCUGCCAAGUUUCAAGAACAGUGCAGGGGUUUGGAGGGAAUUGCACCUCAAGCUGCUGACAGGCAAAACUUAUGACAUGGGUGACACUGUGUGUGUUAAGGCGCAGCAGGGUGAAAGCUGCAGGGAUUAUAGCCCCUGCUGCGACCACAAAGCCUGCCAGCUAUCGAGGAGAUGGGUGCAAGGGGGUUCUGGGGUCCUGUACCCCUAGCUGCUGACAGGCAAAACUCGCAACAUGGGUGCUUGUGCAACUGUGUUCGUCUUGGGGCAGUUGAUUGUCUGUAUUGAUUAUUUCCUUUCCUUAGUCUAUGGUUUUGUAGGUGUUAAUUGUUGCUAAUUAACUGGCUACAUUAGCUAGCUACUGUGUAUUAAGCUGGUCCCUGAAUGAAUCAUGAUUGAUUGGUAACACAGUAGUUUAGCAGCCAGGCCUGCAGUAGCGUCUCCCCUUCCCCCCAACUUCCGUGCCCCAAGGCAGACAGUUGCACAAGCACCCAUGUCACAAGUUUUGCCUGUCAGCAGCUAGAGGUGCAAUUCCCCCCAAACCCCUGCACCUAUCUUCUUGACUUGGCAGGCUUCAUGCUCUCAGCAGAGGCUACCAUCUCUGCAAGUUUCAUCCAAAUCAGACAAAAAACAAAGUUAUAGAUAUUUCAUUGAUUCCCCAUUAUACCCUAUGGCUGGCUCUCCGAGGCGGCUCUGAAGCUUCGGCCGGAUCGAAGCGGGAACCCGAUCUGGAGCUCUGGAUCGAAUCGCUGGCAUCCGAAGCGGCCAGAUCUGAAGCCGGAUUGAAUAGCUGCCUACUCGCACAGGCCUACUAUUCAUUACAAACAUUCAAUCCUCAGCUCCUUUAUUUAGCAAAGAGUGCUGCCCCUUACAGCACAAAGGGAAAUUACUUGUUGACACGUAUCGGUAACUUGCUGUGCCAUUAGGACUGAAGUUUUCUAACUCAGGCUCAUGGAUUUUAAGCACUCAAAUCAAUGUCCUAUUAUUUAAGAAACAAAACACUGUCACUGAAAUUGGAGAAGGAUAAGGAUCAAGGUGGGGUGCGCCAGUACUAAAUUCUUAAAAGUAUGUCCCUUGUCUGCACCCAUCCUGGUUCCUAUUCUAAUCCCUAGAUCCACCCAAACUCUAAAGGACAAAACUCAAAGCUGCCAUUUUUUAAGACAUGGGUGGGUGUUUGCAUCAUAGUGAAACUCUCAAGCCAGGAACAGUAGACUACAGUGCAGCUCAACAGUAAAUGCAAAUCAGUGAAACUUAUGUAGACCAACAGUGCUGUUAUCACUUUAUUUUUUAAUGUAAGACAAGGCAAUCAAAAUGCCUUUUUAAUACUUCACAUAAACAGUUAUUAGCAAAUACAAAUAUAUAUAACUUUUUGCUUUUACUGAAAAUGUCCACUGAAGGAUUUAACUUAGAAAUUUCUGUUGUGAAAUCUCUCUCUAGAUUUUGCAAAGUUACUAGAUAUUCCAGUGCAAAAAUAGAUCCCAUUACAGACAGCAUAAAGUGCUUGGAAUGAAGGACCAACUCUAUCUCUUGGGAGAGGAGAAGCAAAAACACCCACAACUUUAUCCUGGGGAAAAUAUAACAUGUAAAGUCCUAGUUGAAAUACAAUUAGGGAAGCAACAAUUUAUUAAUAGCACAACAAGUGGUAACAUUGUUUCAGAUCAGUAAAAUGCCCUCAGUGUAAUCUAUUAUUAGAGCUGUUCACAGUCAUAACACGUGGCACUUGGGAUCAUUUCAGCUGACACCCAGCUAAAAGGGCAGGAAAAAAACAACUGAAAUAACUUCCAUGAACAAUUGACUGAGCAGCAUGUGAGAACUGCAAUGUCUGUAUGCCAUGUAGAUCAAAACAGAACAAAAAAGCCUUGCCACAUUUAUGGUUUUGCCAGGAACUGAAAAGCUGUCAAACAAUCUGGCUAGCCUCAGUAUUUAGCAUAACUCUUCUUUGUGUCUCAGAAUCCAGGUUAUGCAUCAGUUUGCUAAUGCCACAGUAGCAGUAGGGUUCUUCAAGACUCCUUUUUGGCUGGGUUAGGAUAAAGAAUCACAUGGUAAAUACCCUUGCUGUGACAUAUGAACCAGUACAGAGAGAAACUGCAACCAUUUAUAUGGACCUAAAUGCAAAUACUUCCACCCUUGCCUCUGGGCCCCAACUCCCACUGAACUCAUCAAUAAGACACGAUGGCUGGACUGAAUCCAUAACUUCAGUUGUUCCUGGUCAGAUUGUGACUUAAUGCCAACUGCAGUAGUGGUUUUUAGUGGUGUUAAUACAGCAUAUGUUCCUUAUUCGUAUGGUGAAGGAUUGAGCCUACUAUUUCUGUAAAGUGUAGUGUAUAUUAAUCUCCUAGCUCCUUUGUGGUGAUGCUUUAGGGCAGUCUCAAACUGAGUCCUUGUGGGUAUGCUAUGAGAAGUGAGGUAUGCCUUCUACUUCUCUCCUCUCCCCCUUUAAAACAGUAUUUUACGAUUUAAAAAAAUAUAAUACAGUAUGAAAAAGGCACUUUGGCAGAGCCACAGAUUAGCUCUUAUUUUAUCCCCGGGCAGGAUCCAGUGAGGCCAAUGCUAAGAAAUUAGCAUUUUAUGUAUUAAAUUGAAGUUGUCAACGAUCCCAAAUGUAUGUGGAGGUCUGUACAUAAAAAUCCCAUUACCUAAUGGUA